AUGGCUUGCAUAUUCAGCCUGUCCAUGGCCGCAACUGAGCACACCGUCGGCGGCGAGGACUUUGGAUGGCAAAUUCCCCAAACCAAAUCCUUUUAUCAAGAUUGGGCUGAUGCUCGUACCUUCACAGUUGGCGACAAAUUAACUUUUCCUCACACGACUAGCGUGCAUAGUGUGGUGGAGGUGACAAAGAGUGACUUCGAUGCUUGCAGGCAGACGGAGGUGAUCGGAAUGUACUAUAUGGGACCAACAGUGCUGGAACUCACUGAGCCUGGAAUGCAUUACUACUUUUGUGGUGUAGGGAUGCACUGUGAGGCUGGCCAGAAGUUCAGAAUCAAUGUCAAGCCUUCUGCUUGA